GGCAGCAAAUCCCCCGUAUUUUGUGCUCCGUCCGGAUCCCUAUCUGGCGAAGGGAUAGAUAACAGCUUUAUCAUCACGUGGGAUAGCCUCAUUUGCCCCGACACGCUCCGAUCGGAGGUUCCACUUUGUCCUCGACACUCCAGAGUAGGGCCGCUGGCUGACAAACCCGGACAAAGACGAAGUCAUGUAUAUGAUCAGUCGCAGUCCAUUGUGGGCUGGCCAGCGUCGUCUCUGAUAUUUUGGACUGCGCAACAGACCAACGGCUCCCACAAGCUUCUGCCACCACGAUGCGAACGCAAAGGCUCAGCGCUGCGGCGCUGCAACGGCUUCCCGCUUCGGUGCGGCCGGCCAACUUUGACCUGGUGCCGGCCUGGAGUACGAGAGCCUCAGCUUCCGUAGGGACACUUGGUAGACGGGGCAGCCGAUUUCUGCAUUCGCAACCCGCGCGACGAAAUGAUACCAGUUUGGGCGAGGCUUCAAACCCUGCCAUGGCCUUCCCGUGUCUAGACGCCCUCGAGAGCCGAUCCGCUACCCUCAGGGCGAAAUCUCACGCUUCCGGCCCCGAGCCGACCUACACUGCCGGCGCGACUGAAUUAUAUCACUGCAAAGACCCCUUACUACUUGAUUGGGGUGGUGUGCUGCCUGAGUUCGACAUUGCAUACGAAACAUGGGGAAAGCUGAACGAGGACAAAUCCAACGUUAUACUGCUGUAUACCGGCCUCUCUGCUUCUUCCCAUGCGCAUUCAACCCCCAGCAACCCCCAGCCAGGCUGGUGGGAAAAGUUUAUUGGCCCAGGCGGUUGCCUGGAUACGGAUAAAUACUUUAUAAUAUGUACAAAUGUCAUUGGAGGUUGUUUCGGUUCCACCGGGCCCAGCAGCAUUGACCCAGCUGAUGGCCAGCGCUAUGCCACACGCUUCCCGGUUGUCACGAUUGAGGACAUGGUUCGGGCUCAGUUUCGCCUCCUCGAUGGGUUGGGCGUGGACAAACUAUAUGCCAGUGUGGGCUCUAGUAUGGGUGGCAUGCUGUCGUUGGCAUCGGGAGCCUUGUUUCCCUCACGAGUUGGGCGCAUAGUCUCCAUCAGUGGUGCUGCACGAAGUCACCCCUACAGUAUUGCUAUGCGACACACCCAGCGCCAAGUCUUGAUGAUGGACCCAAACUGGAACCGUGGCUAUUACUAUGAUAAAGUACCUCCCCACGCCGGCAUGAAGCUAGCCAGAGAAAUCGCGACUGUCACCUAUCGAUCUGGUCCGGAGUGGGAGCAACGAUUUGGCCGUCGCAGGGCUGAUCCCGAAAAGCCACCGGCGCUGUGUCCCGAUUUCCUUAUCGAGACAUACCUCGAUCACGCUGGGGAGAAAUUCUGCCUCACCUACGAUCCUAACAGCUUGCUUUACGUGAGCAAGGGCAUGGACUUGUUUGAUCUUGGCAGAGACACUCAAGUAGCUGCUGCUGCCCGACGCGCAGAAAGACAACAGGCCAUGGAUUCAGGCUCGGAAGUAAGGGCAAAUGAUCCAUCCUGUAGCCUUACGCUGCCAGAUGCACCAUAUUCUGAGCAAGCAGAUGUCGAUUUAGAGGGCUCGGUAUCGGCAGUGAAGGUGACCUCGAGGCCACCGGAUGAUCUCAUAUCUGGACUCUCUCCACUGAGAGAUAUCCCAACUUUGGUCAUGGGUGUCGCCAGCGACAUUCUGUUCCCUGCUUGGCAACAACGCGAAGUCGCAGAAGCCAUUCGUCUGGGAGGAAACAGGAAUGUAUCCCAUGUUGAACUCAGCGAGGAACAAAAUUUAAAGAAUGUCGGAGGGAACGUCCAGAACUUCCUUGAUUAA